CCACGAACAGACAAUAAUAAAAAGUAAGAUUUCCCAAAACGAACCAAAAGUAAAACUCUCGGGCAGCGCGAGGCGUCACGAAUCGAAUCGAGCUCGAGCCGGAGGAGAGCGUCGGAGGCGGCGGGCAUGGAGGACCUCAGCGUCGAGGAGCUCGCCUCCAAUCUCUCCACCUACAAGGACCAGCUCCGCGAGGUUAGGAAGUUCAUCAAGGAGAAAAAAGAUGAUGCUGGAAUUUCUGAAUAUGUCGAUAUGGAAAAGGAGCUUCAAGAGGUUAUUACAUUAACCGAAGAGCUUUUGGCAACUGCAAAUCCAAGUGAGAGUGCGCAGAAUGAUGUAGGUCUAUCGCCGCCAAAUUAUUCUGCUGGAGUGCACUCAGAGGCACUGGAUGGCCUCUCACAAUCCCAUGAAAAAUUUGCAGUUGGUACCAAAGUGCAAGCUGUGUAUAGUGAAGAUGGGGAGUGGUACAAUGCGACAAUUGAAGGUCUGACACCAAUCGGCUAUUUUGUCAGUUAUGAAGGCUGGGGAAACAAGGAAGAGGUGGACCCUGCUAAUGUCAGGGCACUUGACGUGGAAGCUGCUGAUGCUUUAGGACUAGCUGAAAAAGAAGCUGAAGCGACAAAAAUGGCAUUAAAGAGAAAAGUUGAACAAGCAGCAACAUCUGACUAUCAGAUUCGUAGCUUACCCACAAAACUUAAGAUCGAUCCAAAUGAUCCUGAAGAUGUGAAAGCUGCAAAGCGUAAGAAGAUCCAUGCUUUCAAAUCAAAAGCCCGCUUUGAGCAACUAGAUUUCGCACAGAAUAAGCGGCAAAAUGCAUGGCAACAGUUCCAGACUACCAAAGGAAAGGCUAAGAAGGUGGGAUUCUUUUCGGGUCGCAAGAAGGAGAGCAUCUUCAAGUCACCGGAAGAUCACAGAGGUAAGGUGGGGGUCACUGGUAGUGGGAAAGGCCUGACUGACUUCCAGAGGAGGGAGAAGCACCUUCAUCUCAAGGAUGGCUCUUCUGGGGAUACACUGGACUGUGAGGAAUAAAUCUGGUUUCACAAAGUUGCCAUGUCCGGCACUUUAUUGCCGGACUGGCCUCUGUCAGAGCUUGUACUCCGUAAUGUGUAUGCUGAACUUGUUGAAAGCUAGAAAUCACAUAUAGAUAUUAACAUUGUCUUCCUCAUGUUUAGUCUCAAUUUUGUGAAGAGAUAAACUUACCAUUCGUCA